GCCCUCCCGGCCCGCUCCGGAGCCCAGCCGCCGCCCCUGGCCGCCGCGGGCGCCGGCGCCGACAUGCGACUCGAGUAGCUCGCGCGCUGUGGAAGCACCAGAGGAGCCCCCUCGGCCCGGGCGCGCCAAGAGGACAGGGGUUAAAAUGAGUGAAGACCUGGAGGUCAAUGCAAGCGGGCUGCCUCGGGAUUACUUAGACGCCGCUGCCGCCGAGAACGUCUCAGCUGCUGUCUCCUCCCGCGUUCCCGCCGGAGAGCCCGAGCCCGAGCUGGCGGUCAACCCCUGGGACGUCGUCCUGUGUACCUCGGGAACCCUCAUCUCCUGUGAAAAUGCCAUCGUGGUCCUCAUCAUCUUCCACAACCCCAGCCUGCGAGCACCCAUGUUCCUGCUCAUAGGCAGCCUGGCUCUCGCGGACCUGCUGGCCGGCAUCGGCCUCGUCGUCAAUUUUGUCUUUGCCUACCUGCUGCAGUCGGAAGCCGCCAAGCUGGCCACCAUCGGCCUCAUCGUCGCCUCUUUCUCUGCCUCAGUGUGCAGCCUGCUGGCCAUCACGGUGGACCGCUACCUCUCGCUGUACUACGCGCUGACGUACCACUCGGAGCGGACGGUCACCCUCACCUACGUCAUGCUCGUCAUGCUCUGGGGGACCUCCAUCUGCCUGGGGCUGCUGCCCGUGCUGGGCUGGAACUGCCUGCGGGACGAGUCCACCUGCAGCGUGGUCAGACCGCUCACCAAGAACAACACGGCCGUGCUCUCGGUCUCCUUCCUCUUCAUGUUCGCGCUCAUGCUGCAGCUCUACGUCCAGAUCUGCAAGAUCGUGAUGCGCCACGCCCACCAGAUAGCCCUGCAGCACCACUUCCUGGCCACGUCGCACUACGUGACCACGCGCAAAGGGGUCUCCACCCUGGCCAUCAUCCUGGGGACCUUCGCCGCCUGCUGGAUGCCUUUCACCCUCUAUUCCUUGAUAGCGGAUUACACCUACCCCUCCAUCUACACCUACGCCACCCUCCUGCCCGCCACCUACAAUUCCAUCAUCAACCCUGUCAUAUAUGCUUUCAGAAACCAGGAGAUCCAGAAAGCCCUCUGCCUCAUUUGCUGCGGCUGCAUCCCGUCCGGCAUCGCCCAAAGAGCGCGCUCGCCCAGCGACGUGUAGCCGUGGAGGGUCGGCCCAGGAGGGUCCUGCACUUACCGAGCACUUCCACUGCCCGGCCAGGGGUCGGAUGCUUCCCUUGCAUUCUUUGCAUUGGAUUCUCUGCCAAGCCACGGAGCACUUAGCACUGGUGAAACAAGGACAGCGUUUAGAUGAGUUAAGUGAUUGACGUGAAAAUGUUACCAGUGUUUUCACCAUUUAAAAGAAAUUGUUGAGUUCUUCGCUCAGUUAUUAUUUUGUUGUGUUUGGGGGCAGAGGUUUUUGCUUUAUAUUUUGUUUGGAGUUUGCUGGUGGGUGGGAAAGGAAGGGAUAUGAUAUGACCAGGAUUUUAUAAAAAGUAAAUGAGUCCCAGAGUUUUUACCUGGACUUUAAAAUAAAUCUGAGUUAUUGAGGAAAA